ACGGAAGUUAGCUUCUUAAUGAAAAGACCUGUAGUUAGUGUCAUAAGGCUAGGAAGGGGUAAUUUAAAAGGCAGAGAACGUUAAUGCUGUAAUUUGUAGGUGUUUAAGUGUGCAGUUAAAUCUUGUCGAACUGAAUAUAUGUGAGGAAUUCAUCAAAAAUUUCCACUUCAUGUAUCAGGACACUCUGAAGGCUUGAAUCAACGGUACCAGUGGAGGUGACUACUUAGCCACACCGAGUGACUUGUCUUUGAAGCUAACAAACGACGGGGACAAGAAUAUUAACAAUUUUUAACUGAAAUCUCUUUCAUAACCAAGACCCAAUUUUAAAGGAACUAUUAAGUUGUUAUUUCUCCCUAAAAAAUUUUGGAUAUUGAAGUAUUUGGCGAUACCAAACCAGGAAUAACAGUGCGUAUAAAAAAUCCUAGAAAAAUUCAAAGGGAAGAAUUGAAAUAAAUAAGGUGGAAAAAAUAAAAUAUAGCAAUAAAGACUAUUAUCUGUACGACCAAACGUAUACUUUUGUUUUACAUAUCCAAUUGAGUGGACUUGUACUACAAUUAGUUUGGUUUGUGUAUAUCUGGUCACGUAUUUGUCUAUCAAUUUACUUAGGUUGUUUAUCACAAAAUAUGUCAUCUGUAUGCGAUCGUUUGUUGAAGUCAGUGGCCCCAACAAAUAUUGAGUCUCGUUCUCGUAGUAAAGUGACUGUUAUAGGUGUUGGAAUGGUUGGAAUGGCUGCAGCAUUCUCUACCAUGCAAGUGGCAGGAGAACUCGCACUUAUUGAUGUCGUAGCAGAUAAGGUUAAAGGAGAAGUUCUUGAUCUACAGCAUGGUCAACAGUUUAUUGGCAGGUGCAAAAUUGAUGGGGGAACCGACUACAAAUACUCUGCAAAUUCAGAUAUUGUCGUCAUCACUGCUGGUGCCAGACAAAACGAAGGAGAAUCACGACUGAACCUUGUUCAGCGUAAUGUUGAUAUAUUCAAGAAAAUAAUACCGAACAUUGUGAAAUACAGUCCAAACUGCAUCAUAGUCGUCGUAUCGAACCCUGUCGAUAUUUUGACAUAUGUUGCUCGAAGAUUGAGUGGAUUUGAAGCUCAUAGAGUAAUUGGGACCGGAACCAUGCUUGACUCGGCGAGGUUUCGUUUUCUGUUAGGUGAGAAAUUGGGAGUAUCUGCCAAUUCUGUCCAUGGGUAUGUAAUUGGUGAACAUGGUGACUCGAGUGUUGCUGUUUGGAGUAAUGUGAAUGUUGCUGGAGUUCGGCUGUCUUCUCUAAAUCCAAAGAUAGGAUGCAAAGAUGAUCCUGAAAAUUUCGAGGAAAUACACAAGCAAGUUGUCCAGAGUGCCUAUGACAUCAUUCGCUUGAAAGGUUACACCUCAUGGGCGAUCGGGUUGACAUGUCGAUCACUUUGUAACGCACUAUUAAAUAACCAUCACACAGUUUAUCCACUCUCUGUUCCGGUCAAAGGAAUUCACGGAAUCGAAGAGGAUGUUUAUUUGAGUUUACCAUGUCUUGUUACUUCAGCUGGAAUCAGUCAUUUGAUUCCGCUUGAACUUAGUGCGGAUGAAUUGUGUAAAUUGAGAAAAAGUGCUGCCACUCUGAAUGAAGUUAUAACGAAAAUCCAGUGGUAAAGUCGUACGACUAAUAGUUGCCGCACGUUCACGUAUAAAAAAAACACUAGCUUUCCCCCUUUUCAUGUAUGUUCUCUGUUUUUAAAUUAGUAAGUAUUAGAUAUGAAGCAUCUUAAUUUUUGUUUACUGAAAUUGUUCUCUAAAUUUUUUUCCAAAGAAUUAAACAAAUUAUUCGGUUAGAAAUAUGAACAGCUUUCCUUCUUUCCUGUUAGUUAUAACCGUACAUGAUCUAAGGUUUAAUAAACUACAGAAUGAUUCACAUUCCUGUCAUCUUGCGAAUCAGGUUUUUAUGGUAUCGCAUAUCGCGAAGAGCCUUUACAAGCCAUCCUUUGGCCUACUAUUUAGAGUUUCAGCAUAUAUGACUUGAAUAUUAUCUAUUAACGGUCAGUGGUAUAAUAUAAAGGUCAAAUAGAAUUGAUGUGGCUUUUUUUCUUCAGAAGUUACAGUUACCCAACCAAAACAGAUUUUGCUACAUGGAUUUUAAUCAAAUUACAAAAAUGUACAAUUUACAGCCUAUUGAUAAUUUAUUACAGGCCAAAAAUGUUUGUUCAUUUACAUGUGAACGCAAAAUUUGAAAUACAAGAUAAUCAAUCAUUUCUUUCUAAAUUUUUCUAAUAAUACCCAAGAACUUUUUAUCAAUAGAGGUCAGGAAUCACAAUAACCGUGCAAUAAAUAAUGACCCAUUACAUCUUUAUUCCUUCACAACAGAUUUUCACUGUGCUCAGUCUAUUUUUUUCAGAUUUCAAUCACCAGGCUAAGAGCAACCUCAUUGAUUAAACAGAAUAGAUGAGAAAACAGACAAUACCAAAUGAAUUCAAACUUCACCCCAUCACACAGGCAAGUGGCUAUCAGAACUCAGUAGCUAAGUGGAUAAAAUGACGGCGUUUGAAACAAACAGUACUGGGUUCGAAUCUCCGGGUAAACACUAACUCUCGGAUGUAGGUACAUCGAGCUGACGCGUCCCAAAUAGGACGGGACGCGCGUCCUGGAUUCCACUGCUAGCCACUAUCCAUCUUUGCUUAUAAAGUCUAAAGUAGUCUUUAGAUUUCUUGUUUCAACUACAGGUCAUCUGCAGAACUAGUGUAUUGUUACCAUGAUAAUCAAGACAAAUAGAGAACAUUUAAUGUUGAAAAUCAGUAUUCUUAGGGCUUAGUUUUUCAUCAUGUGCUUUUCGUUAAUAGAUGGCUCAAACAUAAUAG